UCCGGCGACGGCUAAGGCCGCGGCGGCGACCGUGACAGCGGCCUUCUGCAGCUGGCGCGGCUUGCUGUCCUGUGGCCUGUGCCCCUGGGCUUUCUGAGCAGUGCGGCCUUCCCGGGAGUCGGUCCCGCCGUGGUUAACCGUCGACCCCGGCACCGGCUUCUGCCCAGUCACAGCGAAGCCCACCAACUUCGUUCCCCUUAGAGCCUGCGCAGCACGCCCAGAACCUGCCGCCUCAGUUGAGCCGGCGGGGCGCUUUUAACGAGCUUUCCCAGCCUUCGUGCGCUGUAAAGGGUGAAAACUGCUGCGGGGCCUAUCUCUGCGCCCCGGCGGCCCUAGCUGUCUUCAGCGGGAGGGUGCGGGCAGAGCCGUCCACAUCUGGACAGCACCGCUCCUUCUAACAGCUGCAGACCGACUGGACUGAAAGGUUGAACAGCUUGAAGUCCCUGUACCAUAAACUGUCAGAGCUGGACCUUCUUGAUGACAGCUAACACACGACGGGCGCGUUCCCUACUGUCAGGCCCUGCUCUGACUUGACUAGGGUGAACCAUUAAUUCCUCACCAGAACCAUAUGUGGCAGGCCUUAAUUAUUGCAGCACAGGGACCUAAAGAUACUUGCCCGACUUCACUCAGAGGCAGGAUUCCAACCCAGCAUGGAUCUUGAUGGCUCUCAGCAAGAUCCUGAAAUGAAGGAAAAUCCUCCUGUCUAUGUUGGCAGAGAAGUUGACAUUAAGAAAUCUGAAAGAAUGACAGCUGUUGUCCAUGAGAGAGAAGUGGUCAUUUUCUACCACAAGGGAGAAUAUCAUGCUAUGGAUAUUCGCUGUUACCACUCAGGAGGACCUUUACAUUUGGGAGACAUAGAGGAUUUUGAUGGACGACCAUGUAUAGUUUGCCCCUGGCAUAAAUAUAAAAUCACUUUGGCAACAGGAGAAGGACUAUAUCAGUCUAUAAACCCUAAAGAUCCAUCAGCAAAACCCAAGUGGUGUUCUAAAGGAAUAAAGCAAAGGAUUCAUAGAGUGACAGUGGACAAUGGGAAUAUUUAUGUGACUCUUUCUACUGAUCCUUUCAAGUGUGACUCUGAUUUUUAUGCCACUGGAAACUUCAAAGUAAUUAAGAGUUCUUCAUGAUAAAAUUAUAUGGCAAUGAGAAAUAUGUAUAUUUUGAAAAUAACCUUGCUUCAAUACCAAAGAUGAUUUUUCUUCCAACAGGUGCAUUACUUAUUUUUUAAAAAAUCACAUAAAUCUGAGAGGCUCCAAAGCACAUGUACUGUGUAUGAUAUAAGGAUUAUAAUCAGGAUCUAUAGAAUACAUUUCAUCCAGUCCUCUGGAUUGACUGGAACCUGAAGGUUAUAGGUCUGGUAUGUGCAUUGUAAGAAGGAUGAAAAUAAUUUGAAGUAACUAAAAUGAAGAUAAGGUAUAAAAUAAGAUCUAAGAAAAAUGGGUGGGGGCAAUCCUUAUUUGAUAUAGCAGAUUUUAUCAUGGAAAAGUUUAAUAUAUACAAAGUAAACAAAAUAGUAUAAUAAACUCUCAUCACCCAACUUCAACAAA